ACCCAGCUCUGCGGAGCCCCUGGGGUCGCCAAGUGCGGGGGGGGGGCACGGCUCGGGCCCGAGCGCAGCCUGUCCCCGACUCUCCCGGGAGGGGCUCCACCGUCGGCUGCGGGCGGGUUUGCGGGUCCCCACGCCCGUCGCAACUCUCCAGGGUGGCGCUCGGAGCCACCCGCCCCCUCCGCCGGCUGUGACACUUUUAACUACUUUUAACUCCAAAUCUGUGCGUUUCUCAUACAGGCUGAGCUGAGAUCCCCGGGUCUGCGGACUCGGAUCUGGGGGCUCUUGUUCUGCUUGGGCCAUGUCGUGUUUUCCCCGUCGUCCCCGAACAGGAAGUUCUUCUCCCCAAAGACGGCGUAGGCCCGGCCGGGCGUUGACGCGCAGGGCUGGCGGGGGCAGCGGGCCUCGGCUCAGCGGGGUCCCCCCAUCCAGCCUCGCGGGCGCGUGGGGCGCGUGGGGCGCGUGGGGCGCGAGAGCGAGCCGGGGCUGGGCUUCCUGCACCCCCACCCGCAGCCCUUUUGAACCCGGGAUGAGGGGAGGCUCCCGAGACACAUCUGACCCCGGCCUUUUGACUCUUGGCGGUUAUUCUUUUGCCUGGAAAAAUAACAUACCUGUGAUUGCUGGACUUUUGAACUGCACGAAAAAGUUCUCCUUUUCCGCGGAAGGCGGGGGCGGGGGUUGAUUUGCAACGUUCUUCCUAGUGUAUGUAACUAAUGGCCUUUACUGAAGGAUGCCACCGUGAUGGUAACUGACCUUUAACUCGGUUUAAAUCACCCUCCUCUCUGGGGUCUGGCGUGACUCCACUAAGCAUUGGGAGGUGGGAGCCCGUCAUAGGGCGAUUUUAACUAGUGUUCACUGGCCCUCGGGUUAUAUUCCUUCGCCGGGUUAGAAAGAGCUCAGGCGACCGGUUCACUGAUGUAAAAUGAAGCACUGCCACCGUUCCCAAUCUCAGUUGACGGGUCCCAUUCUCUGCGCUUCCUCUUCAUGGGUGCCUCAGUGCCGGACCUCGGGCUGCCCCUGUUUGAGGCCUUGGGCUACGUGGAUGACCAGCUGUUCGUGUCCUACAGUCACGAGAGUCGCCGUGCAGAGCCCCGAGCCCCGUGGGUCCGGGGCGGGGCCGCCAGCCAGCUGUGGCUGCAGCUGAGUCAGAGUCUGAAAGGGUGGGAUCACAUGUUCAUCGUCGACUUCUGGACCAUCAUGGACAAUCACAACCGUAGCAAGGUAACGAAGCUCGGGGUGUCGUCAGAGUCCCACACCCUGCAAGUGAUCCUGGGCUGUGAGGUGCAAGAGGACAACAGCACCAGGGGGUUCUGGAAGUACGGGUACGAUGGGCAGAACCAUCUGGAAUUCUGCCCUGAGACGCUGGACUGGAGAGCAGCAGAGCCCAAGGCCCAGGCCACCAAGCUGGAGUGGGAAGUGAACAAGAUUCGGGCCAAACAGAACAGAGCCUACCUCGAGAGGGACUGCCCCGAGCAGCUGCAGCGCUUGCUGGAGCUGGGGAGGGGCGUCCUGGACCGGCAAGUGCCCCCCUCGGUGAAGGUGACUCAUCACGUGGCCUCGGCAGUGAGCACCCUGCGGUGUCAGGCUCUGAACUUCUAUCCCCGGAGCAUCACCAUGAAGUGGCUGAAGGACAGGCAGCCACUGGACGCCCAGGACGUUGAGCCGGAGGACGUGCUGCCCAACGGGGAUGGGACGUUCCAGGGCCGGGUGGCGCUGGUCGUGGCCCCUGGGGAAGAGCGGCGCUACGCCUGCCGGGUGGAGCACUCAGGCCUGGACCAGCCGCUCACUGCCACCUGGGAGGCCCCGGUGCCCGGCACCGUGCUGGUCGGCGUCGUCGGCGGGGUCGCCGUGUGCAUCACCCUCUUUCUCACGGGAAUUCUGUUCAGAGUCUUAAGGAAAAGGCAGGCUUCAAGAGGAGCCAUGGGGGACUACGUCUUGGCCGAAUGUAAGUGACGGACAGCCUGCAGACCCCUCGUGGGGAGGAGACGUGGAGACUCACAGAGAGGGCGCCCCUGGGGCCUUCUUCGUGUUCCAGGGCAGAUUUGGACCAAACGAACAGGGACUGCCACAGGAACUCUCUGCUUGUGGCCUGCCUUGUUCCUUUUUGAGAAGUUUCUCCCGUUUUGGUGUUUGAGUUUUUGAGAAGUUUCUCCCGUUUUGGUGUUUGAGUUCCUGCGUGCCAAUGAGCCCCAGCGCAGGCCUCUGGGCAGAACUGGCUAUCUUGAAUCUCAAGCUGCCUCUAGAGCUCGCCUUCGUUUCUGUAUCACUUCCGAUUCCACAUGCCUAUGUCAUCUCAUCUCUUACCUCUGGAAUAGCUGAAAUUUGGGGAACUCACAGUUCCUUUCAACAUCUGAGAAAAACGAUGAACUUUCUGCUUAGGGCAUAACACUCUCAUGCCCUUACCAGAAUUUUGCACCCACAUCCAGGCAUUUCCCAGGCCCAUCCAGGUUUCCUUUUGAUCCUCUCUCUGUUAGCCAGUAAUUCACCUGUCACCAAGCCCUCUGGUCUCUUCCAUCAGAAGGUGAUGUGGGUCAUCGUACAGCGGUGAAGGCGGUGCACUGCACAACCCAAGGAAACACCUUUCCCAGAAGAGCCACUGUGGAUGCCUGUGUUUAUUUAUGAUAGUUUUCCAGAAAGUGGGUGGGAAAUGUCUUGAGGAGGGGUAUCUUUUUCUCAUUGGCAGCGAGGUGUCACAUAGGGUUCCUCGGAGUCGCGAUUUACUUUAAUGCAUUCACGGUGCCUCUCCGUUGGCCAGGCUCGAAGUAACGCAGUCAUUUCCCGCUUGGUCUCUGCUAAUGAAGUGAUAGCGACAAUGAUCCUCAGGAUGAAGACGGUGAUAAGGUGGCUGACACUUACAUAGAUACGUGGAAAAGGCCAGCAGACUUGCCACCAGACUGAGUUCUGAGCCCCUGCUUACGUAGGAUUCUUACAAUAAUUCCCUGAUAUGAGUACUAACUACUAGGCUCGUUCUUUUUUUAGGUGAGCGAAGUGAAGUACAGAGUAUGUUGCAGGCUGCCUGGGCUAGAGACAGGGGAGCGGCUCCGUCAGUCUGACUCCCAGUCACUGCGGCCCACAGACGCUUUACAUGUGCCAGGAAAUGAAGGAGGGAGGGGCACAGUCCUCUGUCCCCCAGCAUCUUCAUUCUCAGCGAGCUUGACCCAAACGAAGGGAAAACAGCAGAAAAUAACCACAGCCAUUUCCUUGCAAAGUUGCUGGGGAAAGACCAGCGUGUGGCUGGCUUAGUCCACUGCCAGCCUGGUCCCCUCUGUCUGGCACAUCUCUCGGGCCCCUGGGUCAGGACGGGGAUCGGCGGUGUCUGUCAGUGGUUGUGUUGGACCUCACGGCAUUUUUGCUCUGCCCGUGCCUCCAGAGUCAGAACCCUGGUGGCAUUUCUCUCCAGGAACCAGAGCGAUGUCUGUCGUAUUAGACGCGGUAAACCUGGUAUGUUCCUGGGGCUCCUGGCAGUCUGGUUCUCUUCCCCCACUGUGUGCAUUAAGAAAAGAAACUCAUCUCACCAGGCUGUUCAAGAAUUACUCCAUUCUGGGAAGGUAAUUCAUCUGACUAUGUUCAAAAGAAUACUAACAUAGACCCCCAGAUGGCUCACGUUUCCUUUCUGCUGCUGUGUACGUUUGGCCACAUAAUGUGCAACAAGGCAUUCUGUCUGCGACGGCAGGUGCCUCAAAGACCAAAAAAAGGUCAAUGGUUUGUUUGUUAGGUAUUGAAUUUGGGCAAAGAGACUGCAACAAUUUUUUUGAAAGCUUUUCUUUGUUUUCUGGUUAUGAAAGUUAAGUGGAUAAAAGUACAUGUAAUUUGUGCUUACUGUCGAAAAUUUGAAAAUAAGUUAAAUUGAAACUCUCAUUCCAUUAGCUAGUGAUAGACCCUAUCAUUGAUCUGUGUAUUUCCUCUCACGAUUGCUAUAUUAAAAUAUAUAAAAUCAACAAAUACACUUUAAUAAACAUUAAAUUAAUUAA